CUUGACGAGAGGUUUAUUAGGAUCUUGAAAAUAUUUAAGUGGGGUCCUGGUGCUGAAAAGGCUGAUGAAAGACAAUGGUUUGUCUCCCACGGCGAAAAUCUAUACUACAAUGUUAAGUGUUCUCUUCAAACAAGGUAAGGCUGAAUAGGCAUUAGGAUUAGUUCGAGAGAUGAAGAGUGUUGGUUGUACCCCAACUGUGUAUACAUAUACAGAAAUGAUAAGAGGGCUAGGUGCAGCUGGGAGGGUUGAAGAAGCUUAUUCGAUAUUUUUAAACAUGUUGAAUGAUGGUUGCCAGCCAGAUGCCGUGCUAACUGCUAAUAAACAAUGUUACAAACUUCUUGGGAAGGGCAGGAAGGUUGCCUGAUGCGAUCAAGCUUUUCGAAGGAAUGGAAUCAUUGAACUGCAUGCCGAAUGUGGUGACUUACAACACUGUCAUUAAAGCUCUGUUUGAAUCAAAAGCCCCGGUAUCUGAGGUCGUCUCGUGGUAUGAGAAAAUGAAAGCCAGUGGCGUAAGUCCUAGUGCAUAUACUUACUCAAUUCUCAUAGAUGGGUUCUGCAAGAAAAAUAGCUUAGAAAAAGCAUUAUUAAUGUUCGAAGAGAUGGAUGAAAAGGGUUUUCCUCCAUGUCCAGCUGCUUAUUGCAGCUUAAUCAACAGUCUUGGAUGGUUAAAACGAUAUGAUGCUGCUCACGAGUUAUUCCAAGAACUAAAAGAAAACUGUGGAUCCUCAAGUGCUCGUGUGUAUGCUGUGAUGAUAAAACAUUUUGGAAAAUGCGGACGUUUGUCUGAGGCUGUCGAUCUUUUCCAUGAGAUGAAGAGACACAGUUGCACUCCGGAUGUGUAUGCCUAUAACGCUCUCAUGUCAGCAAUGGUGAGGGCUGGUAUGACAGACGAGGCUCAGUCAUUGUUUCCAAGAAUGGGAGAAGAUGGUUGUUCUCCUGAUCUUAACUCACACAACAUCAUUCUGAAUGGCUUGGCCAGAACAGGUGGGCCUGAAAGGGCAAUGGAGAUGUUCACAACAAUGAAAAAUUCUGAGAUGAAGCCUGAUGCUGUCUCCUAUAAUACGCUUCUAGGUUGCCUUAGUCGUGCCGGCUUGUUCGAAGAGGCUGCAAGGCUAAUGAAAGAGAUGCGCCUGAAUGGUUUGGAAUAUGAUGUCAUAACUUACUCAUCAAUACUUGAGGCUGUUGGUAAAGUUGAUGAAGAUAUUAAGCCUGCAGCUUGCUAAACAACAUUUUGGAUGGGCAAAAAUGAGGACACAUACAUAUGAGAUAAUGGCAUGCCAUUUCAACUGAAGAGGAAGAACUUGAAAAUUGUUAUCGCGCCUGUAUAUCGUUAUACAGAUCGUUGAGUACUAGAUGCUCUAACUUAGCGAUGAAGCAGUAUAUGAAAGAGGCUGGAUAAAUACCAGAGAUGGAAAUGUGAUUUUACCAAGAAAACAAUGCGGGAGAAGCUCUUAUUUACAGCUCAUAGCAUCUGCACAUUGUUUCUUAACAGCAAGAUAAAUCAUACUUGCUUUAGUUAGGAGCAAUUAUAAUUAAUUACAUCUGCAUUUUUCACCUUUUCAUACA